AUGGCUUCUGUGGCUACCCAGCACCAACCCAUCCUCGUCCUGGACGACACCCGUCCGGAUGACAUGACGCUCCCAGCCUUCAUGGUCUCCAAGACCCGGGGCUUCCUCCCCCGCAUGGAUCCCAUCGUCCAUCUUCCGGACGAGUUUGCCCAGGUCGAGUCGAUCCUCGACCGCAUGCCAGUCAAGAAGCUCGACGGCACUCCCGGUCUGCUGGCCGAGUCCAAGCUCGGGGACGUCGUGGAGAAGGAGUUGCAGGACCUAACGGACCACGUUGACAAGUACAAGAAUAACUUGCCCGUCGUCAAUGCUUUGUACCGUGAUUACUCCUUCCUCGCUUCGGCCUAUCUCCUCGAGCCUUGCCACGAGAGGUUCGUCAAGGGUGAGCCGUACGGGCUCGCGCGGCAGACACUCCCUGCCCAAGUCGCGCGGCCGAUUGCCAAGUGCGCCGAGAUCGCCGGCUUCAAGCCCUGGAUGGAGUACGCCGGCUCCUAUGCCCUCUUCAACUACCGCCUCGUAGACCCCUCCGCUGGCCUCGAGUACUCCAAUCUCCGCCUCAUCCGCGCCUUCGAGGAAGGUCUGGACCACAACUCCUCCGAAGCGGGCUUCGUCCUCGUGCACAUCGACAUGGUCAAGAACUCAGGGCCCCUCGUCUCCGGCACCCUAGCCGCCCUCGACGCCCUGGACACAGCAUCCACUUCUUCCCCGGCCACCCGCCGACAGGACUUCAACGCGGGCCUCCGCACCGUCUUGGAGACCAUGCGCAAGGUCAACAAGACCAUGGAGACCAUGUGGGGCAAGUCCAAGCCUACGUCGUACACCAGCUUCCGCACCUUCAUCUUCGGCAUCACGUCGCAGUCCAUGUUCCCCAACGGCGUGGUCUACGAGGGCGUCAACGACAACAAGCCCAUGUCGUUCCGCGGCGAGAGCGGCGCCAACGACUCCAUGAUCCCCCUCAUGGACAACCUGCUCUGCGUCACCAUGCCCGACACCCCCCUCACCGAGAUCCUCAAGGAUUUUAGGGAGUACAGGCCCAGCAACCACCGCGCUUUCUUGCAGUUCGUCAAGGACCGCGCUUUGGAGGUCGAUACUAAGGCUUUCGCCCUCGCCAAGGACUCCAAUGAUGCCGACGAGGACGUCCUCGAGUCGAGGCGGCUUUGGUUGCAGAUUCUUUCCGAGGUGAGGGACUUUAGGUGGAGGCAUUGGUGCUUCGCGAGGGAGUACAUCAUUAAGCGGACUUCGCAUCCCACUGCUACCGGCGGCAGCCCCAUUGUGACGUGGUUGCCGAACCAGCUCCAGGCUGUGCUCGAUGAGAUGGCAAAGGUCUACGAUGAGGUUAGCGAUAAGGGAGACCUCGGCGAAGAAUGCCGCGACAUCAUGGACCUUGUGGGCCGGCAGAGGGAGACGCUGCGGAAGGAGGUGGAGAAGUAUUGCGCCGAGAGGGGUGUGUCGAGGGAAUAA